AUGCCGAAUGCGGCAGCUACGGUUCCCGCCUUAUGGAGCUUCAGUAAAUUAAAAUACCUUAGAAAACUUGUCUUUAGCCACGUCGCCCCUCUUCUGGAGGGCACCAAGGUUCCCAUCAGGCAAAUCCUGGCCCAGCGUAAGAACCAUGACGCCCACAAUCACGUGCAGCCAGCCAGGCACCAUGAACGCAAUCCUCCACGCAGUAAACGGCGUGGCCCCCGCCAGCUUGAUCACGCGGUAAAGCAACGGCAUGAGGAGUUGGGUGAGGCCUCCGCCCAUGUCCCCCCACCCCGCGGCCACCGCAUUAACUGUCCCGAUAACAGGCCCCGCGAACAUAACGCUGGUCCAGUAGCUGCACGACACGAACGUUGCGAGGGACACGCCGAUCAUGAAGCGGAUGGCCACAUAGCCGCCCGCGCCCAACACGACCGGCGCCGCGAGGAGGUUGACGAGGGCGCAGCCGUAGCGCGGGCCCGCGAGGUCGCACGCGAAGCCCAUGACGAGGCGCGAGAAGAUGCUCCCCGAGACGGAGGCCACGCCGGCCGCGCCCACGUCCGCGCGGGCGAGGCCGAGGUUGUCGCGGAUGACGGGGACGAGAGGGGCCGCGGCGAACGUGGAGAUGAGGCAGGUGCAGAAGGAGAGCCAGGCGAGGUGGAAGGAACGCAUGUGGGGUUUGGCGAAGGAGAGGACUUUUAG